UUACAGCCUUAGAGAACCGUUCAGUCUUUGACAGCUUUAGAGAACCUUUUGUGUCAUGCAUAUCAGUAUAUAUAUACUACCACUCCCAAACUCUUCUCCAAUCCAUCCUUGUUUCGAAUCUUAAGUGUUUCAAGAUAUUAACUGAACAAGAAAAUGGCAUCGGAGAAAGAGGUUGAAACUGUAAUAGUUGGGAACUAUGAGGAAAUGGAAACUGAAGGGAAGCCUAAGGAUAUUAAAUCCAGGGUAUUAAGCUUGUUGUGGCAUGGUGGUUCUGUUUAUGAUGCUUGGUUUAGCUGUGCUUCCAACCAGGUGGCUCAAGUUCUGCUUACGUUGCCAUACUCAUUUUCCCAACUGGGACUGCUCUCUGGAACCCUUUUUCAACUCUUCUACUGCUUGCUCGGUGGCUGGACGGCUUACCUCAUUAGCGCACUCUACGUUGAAUACAGAACCAGAAAAGAGAGAGAGAAAUUUAACUUCAGGAACCAUGUCAUCCAGUGGUUUGAGGUUCUUGAUGGGCUCCUGGGGAAGCACUGGAGAAACGUGGGUUUGGCCUUCAACUGCACAUUUCUCCUAUUUGGAUCUGUUAUCCAACUCAUUGCUUGUGCAAGCAACAUAUAUUACAUAAAUGAUAAUUUGGAUAAGAGGACUUGGACUUACAUCUUUGGAGCAUGUUGUGCCACCACUGUAUUUAUCCCUUCCUUCCACAACUACAGAAUCUGGUCCUUUCUUGGCCUCCUCAUGACCACUUACACUGCUUGGUACCUCACUGUAGCCUCUCUCCUUCACGGCCAGGUGGAAGGGGUUAAGCAUUCGGGUCCGACCAAAUUGGUUCUAUAUUUUACAGGGGCCACAAACAUUCUCUACACAUUUGGGGGACAUGCCGUUACUGUGGAGAUAAUGCACGCGAUGUGGAAGCCUCAAAAGUUCAAGUCCAUAUACUUACUGGCUACCCUGUAUGUGUUGACAUUGACACUUCCAUCGGCAUCUGCAGUAUACUGGGCAUUUGGAGACAUGCUUCUAAAUCACUCGAACGCUUUUUCUCUCCUUCCAAGGUCACCCUUCCGUGACAUGGCUGUCAUUUUAAUGCUCAUCCACCAGUUUAUAACAUUUGGGUUUGCAUGCACGCCACUGUAUUUGGUGUGGGAGAAAGCAAUAGGAAUACACGAGUGUAGGAGCGUGUGCAAGCGUGCUUUGGCCAGGUUGCCAGUGGUGAUCCCCAUUUGGUUUUUGGCCAUUGUUUUCCCCUUCUUUGGCCCAAUCAACUCCACCGUUGGAUCUCUCCUUGUCAGCUUCACCGUUUACAUCAUCCCCGCCCUCGCACACAUGUUCACCUUCAAAUCACCCGCUGCCCGACAGAAUGCGGUGGAGCAACCUCCCAACUUCGUGGGAAGAUGGGUGGGUGCCUACACGAUCAACCUAUUUGUCGUCGUCUGGAUCCUGGUUGUAGGAUUUGGAUUCGGUGGAUGGGCUAGUAUGGUCAACUUUGUACACCAGAUUGACACAUUCGGUUUCUUCACCAAAUGUUAUCAGUGCCCCGCACCACACCUCAACGCCACUGCACCUUUUCCUCCUCCUCACUAACGCUACAUCAGACUUCAAUGAAUUCACCAAUCAUCAAUCCAUUCAAUUUCAUGGAGAAAAAGAUAGAUCAUAGUUUACUCAUCAUAUACUUCUUCAUUCACCAUCUAUUGCUUUCUAUGGUAUAUAUAUAGCUAGCUAGCUAGCUGAUCACUUUUGUCAGGGUGAGUUUCAUGGACAAAAUUGGAAGGGAAUUAAAAAACACAAACAGUUGCAUCAAGGUUGUUUCUAGCAAUUUCCUAGACCAAUCGACUACUGGGGAACAUACUUUGAGUUGCGCAAUAUUAUGAAUAUGCACCUUGUUCAACCGUUACAUCCCUUCUAAUUGCAACUAAAUGUUUUCUUCUCUUC